ACUUUACUUAAAUCUGUCGAUCACUUAAAAAAACACUGAGCAGUGACACGACUACCAGACGUCGAAAACGAGAGCUGAACGGCGCAUAUCGGUGAAGAGCUCCGCAUGUCUUUCACGGAUAUAACAUACUUUUUAAAAAGCUGGCUGUUCCUGGCAGAUUAUCAUCACAGGCACAUUACUGAAAUCUCUAACACGCAGCGUGGAUACUGUUUAUGGGAUUGGUAGCUUUCUUUAAGGCUGAGGAAAGAUGGAGGACCUGGACCCUUCGGAGCAGCUUCUCCAUGAUGCCAGGAACGGGAACCUUCUAGGAAUUCAGAAGCUGCUGCUGUCCAGCCUGAAAGAGGAGUUCAGACUUAACAUAAACUGCAUAGGGAAGAGCAAGAGCAACUUCGGUUGGGCGCCUCUGCACCUAGCCAGUUACUUUGGGCAUCGAAAUGUGGUCGAGGAGCUGCUGAAGGUUGGAGCAGAUGUGAACCUGCCCAACAAUGUGGGCGACACACCGUUGCACAAGGCCGCUUUCACCGGCAGAAAGGAAGUCGUGAUGUUACUCUUGCAGUAUAAUGCCUGUGCUACUGUACUUAAUGGGACUGCUCAGAUCCCAAAAGACGUUACGAAUAAUGAGGAAAUAAAAAUUAUGUUGGAAGCUGCAGAAAGGACAGAGGAGAGGAAGCUGGAAGAGCAGUUCUUGGGAGCCGCCCGGGAAGGGGACAUGGCCGUGCUGAUCCAGCUGCUGAACAGGAAGAAGCCCCCCAACAUCAACUGCAUUGACCUGCUGGGGAAUACAGCCCUGCACUGCGCCGCCUACCGGGGCCAGAAGCACUGCGCUCUCAAGCUGCUGAAGAGUGGCGCCAGCACCGUGGCCAGGAACAAAAAGGAUCAGAUCCCACUGGACCUGGCCAGCAAUGCGGAGAUGAGGCAGAUUCUGCAGGGCAGUGGGCAGAGAGGCACGGCUCGCAACGUGCAGAUGCAUCAAGGGCCUCUUUGGAAGAGUUCCCGCUUCAUAGGAUGGCGUCUUUACUGGGUGGUCCUCCAGGAUGGGGUUCUCUCCUGGUUCCCUAAACAGUCAGAUGCAGCUGCCAAUGUCCGACGGCAGGGCUGCAAAGCACUGACUCAGGCCCGCUGUACGGUGAGAGAACGAGAUCCCUGCUUUUUUACGCUGAAAUGCUUCGACGACAGUAUCCACCAUUUUAAAGUGGACCCCAAGAAGGAUCCGGAAGCCACAAGAAAAAGGUGGCUGGACGCCAUGGAGGAGCAUUCGGCCUACAGCACACACUACUGUUCCCAUGAGCAGGAGAGCGAGGACGACGAGGACGACGCAGUGACCUUGGCUGAGCUGAGCGAGUCCUUGCAGUCCGCCCAGGCCUGUCAGCAGAGACUGGAGACAGAGGUCUGUGCCCUGCAGGCUAUGGUGAGGAAGGAUGAGCGGACCCUCCAUCUGCCUCCUCAGGUCCUGGAGAAGGUGAAGGAGACCUGUGCUCUCUCCGGAGAUGUGUGCGCAGCCCUCCGCCACUGCCUGACACUCUUCUCCCAGCACGAGGGGGUGCGUAGCCAGAAGCUGGAGCACGAGGUGGAGAAGAACAAGAUCUUGUCAGAAGCACUGCAGACACUGGCCACUGAGCACCACGAGUUGGAGCAGUCGGUUGUCAAGGGUUCAUCACCCCGGAGCGCGCUCAGUGAGGAUGAGUUCUACGACGCCAUCUCUGAGUCCGACUCGGCGCACUCCUUGAGUGGGUUUGAGACAGUCGCCAGCCACUCCUUCGAGGAGGACGAAGAGGAGGAACAGGAGAAGGAGAGGCACGUCCGGCCAACGGGUGGCCGCAGAUUUCCCGCCAGCAUGUCACGGGAAGACGAGGAGGUCCCCUUGGAGCUCCAGGCCAAUGGCGUCAGGAGGCACAGGACGAGCCUUCCAGCUCCCAUGUUCUCCAGGAACGACUUCAGCAUCUGGAGCAUCCUGAGGAAAUGCAUCGGCAUGGAGCUGUCCAAGAUCACCAUGCCGGUCAUCUUCAACGAGCCGCUUAGCUUCCUGCAGCGCCUCACUGAAUACAUGGAGCACACGUACCUCAUCCACAGGGCCAACUCCUCUUCAGACUCCAUUGAGAGGAUGAAGUGUGUGGCAGCCUUUGCAGUGUCAGCCGUCGCCUCACAGUGGGAGAGGACGGGCAAGCCCUUCAACCCGCUGCUUGGGGAGACCUACGAGCUGGUCAGGGAGGACCUGGGGUUCCGGCUGAUCUCAGAACAGGUCAGUCACCACCCCCCUGUCAGUGCCUUCUACGCCGAAGGGAUGAAGAACGACUUCGUCUUCCAUGGCUCCAUAUACCCCAAGCUCAAGUUCUGGGGCAAGAGUGUGGAGGCUGAGCCCAAAGGCAUCAUUACCCUGGAGCUGCCCAGGUAUGGUGAAGCGUACACAUGGACCAACCCCACCUGCUGCGUUCACAACAUCAUCGUGGGCCAGCUGUGGAUUGAACAGUACGGCAACGUGGAGGUGAUCAACCACAAAUCUGGGGAAAAAUGCUGUUUGAGCUUCAAACCCUGCGGCCUGUUCGGAAAGGAGCUUCACAAAGUGGAAGGCUACAUCCUGGAUAAGAGCAAGAAGAAGUUGUGUGCCCUCUACGGGAAGUGGACUGAGUGCCUGUACACCUUGGACCCAGCGGCUUAUGACACCCAUAAGAAGAACGACAGGAAGAAUGCGGAGGAGAAGAAGGGCAAACAUGGCCCCGGUGCCGAGGAGAUCGAGGAGAUGCCCCUCCCUGACGUUGAGACUGUGGAGAUGAUCCCGGGCAGCCAGCUGCUGUGGAGAAUAGCACCAAGGCCUCCCAACUCCACCGAGAUGUACAGCUUCACCCUGUUCGCCAUGCAGCUGAACGAAUUCGAUAAGGACAUGGAGGGGGUCAUUCCCAAGACGGAUUGCCGGCUGCGGCCAGACAUCCGAGCCAUGGAGAACGGGGAUAUAGACAUGGCAAGUGAGGAGAAGAAGCGGCUGGAGGAAAAGCAGCGAGCCGCCCGGAAAGUCCGCUCAAAAUCCGACGAGGACUGGAAGAUGAGGUGGUUCAACCAAGCACCCAACCCUCACAACGGUGCCCAGGAUUGGAUCUUCUCUGGUGGUUACUGGGACAGAAACUAUGCCGGACUUCCUGAUAUUUAUUAGUGUGCCCUUUGAUGAAGUGAAGACGCUCGACAUUUCUGACGUCAGCUUCUGCAGUUUAACUCCUGUCCUGUGGGUGGUGCUGUUCUUUGUGUUGUUGAUGUUGUGACCCUUUUUUUGGGCUGGGUUUUGUCUGUUUUUUUUUUUGGUUUUUUUUAAAGAUUCCCCCCUAUAAUGGCCUUUAACACUUGCUUAAUUUAAAAAAUAUAUGUAUUUAAAGUAUUUCUAGUGUAGAUGUGUAUUUUUAUUUUAUAUUUUAGCAUCUAACCACACAAAUUACUUUUCCAGUAAGACACAUUUAAAUGAAAUCUGUCAUCCCAGACCAAGGAUGAGUUGCUCAGGUUUCAAAUCUCUGUGGAGUUAAAUCAUCUCUUUGCACUAAUAUCAUGUACGCUUUGAUUUUAUUUUUUAAGAUGCAGUGUCUUGAGUUGAAUAUGAAUCUUUUUUUUUUGUUUGUUUGUUUAAUGAAUGUUCGUGUUACCAUAUCAGCAGUGUAAAGUGCAUUAAAGGAGCACUGAAGGUUCAUGCACCUGUGCAUGCAACGGGUUGAAGUUACUUGUCUGUGGCGUAUUAAUCGAGGGAGUCACUUCGAGUUCAUUUCCGGCUGAUGUCCACUGCUGAACUUCAGACUGAAAGGUUAUCCUGUACCCUACUGCAGGGUUUGGUUUGCUUUGCUUUCACCCCUGUGACCUUCUCAGGACAAACUGUCGAGUGGAUUUGACCCCAAACACCCCCCCUCUCCCCCCCCCCGCUGGUUUCCGACUUGGAGACGUCUCAGUAUUUCCGGAACGUUCCUGUUCCUGCACCGUGUGCUUGCGGCAGACUGUCUGUUGGAAUAUAAAGAGACUGUGAGAGUCCCACUUGCUGCUGACGGCGGAUUAAAGAGGAUUAAAAAGUCUCGUGGAUUAAAGAGCAUUUAGUAAGGAUCCGCAAAUGGGGCUGGAUGCUGCACCGUUCUUCCUUGCCUCGCGAAACAUUUUCAAGAUGUCAGCUAUGCAAAGCAGGAAGAGGACUCUUGGGUUAAAGGUCAACUAUGUGUGGUCCAGCCUCUCCCCCUGGAGAACAGACACUCAUGUGAUCACUUAUAGGCAGCCCUCCAGGACACUUAGUCAUACUGACUGUAGGUGAGCUGUUGAGCUCUUAACGUGUAGUUUUAUUUGGUCUUGAAAUCUGUGUAUAUGAAAUGUUAGACUAUAACUUCUAAUGCUGCUAAAUAAAAGCUUGUAAUUAGGAA